CGUAGUAGCCGCGGUUUCUGCCAUUAACGUACUUCCUUCCGCUCAUGGCCGUCAUCUCCACCACUUCACCUUCUCCAUGCCUUCUCCAGCGACAUCGUUUCUCCACCACUUCUUCUUCAACCCACCUACAUGCUUCACUGCUGCAUAAUGGGAAUUUCAGGAUGCCAUUUCAGGGGUUCAGACCCUUUUCUUUCAAUUGGAGGAGGAGGAAGGAGAACUUUCAUCUGUUCAGUCAAUCAAGACGCCAUGGAAAAGUCACUGCUGCAAUUGAUGACCUGAUAAGUGUGCUGGGAGAAGUAGAGCCUCAGCAAGUAUAUGACGAAAGUGUUGAAGGGUGGUCGCAAUUUGCCAAAAGAGUCUCUGGUGAAUGGGAUGGAUUUGGUGCGGACUUCAGUAAUCAAGGGAAGACAAUUGAACUGCCAGAGUCGGUGGUGCCGGAAGCAUAUCGAGAGUGGGAGGUUAAAGUUUAUGAUUGGCAGACUCAGUGCCCCACUCUUGCUGAACCAGAGGAUCAUGUUCUUAAAUACAAAUCCGUUCAGUUACUUCCCACUGUUGGAUGUGAGGCUGAUGCUGCUACAAUAUACAGUGUGGAUGAGAGGAAAGUGGGUGGGGAAAACAAUGGAGUUACUUCCUUUGCUUACCAAUCCAGUGGCUCUUACAUUGCUGUCUGGCAAAAGAAGGAUAACUUCCUAGAGUUGGAGUACUGCUUGAUCAAUCCUCAAGAGUUUGAAUCUCGGGUUAGGAUUAUUCAGCAUAUCCAUAUAGUUGAUAAUACAAAGAUGGUGCUACAGAGUGUUAGAGUAUUUCGUGAACAGUGGUAUGGACCAUUCAGAAAUGGCGAACAACUUGGAGGUUGUGCUAUCCGUGACUCUGCCUUUGCUUCUACUUCACCCAUAGCUGCUUCAGAAGUUGCUGGUAUCUGGCAGGGAUCAAAGGCUGUCGCCACUUUUGGCACUACAAAAACUAAGAUCUUUCGAGAGCUUGUAGGUGAAAAUGUGCAGAACUCUGUCAGAGAUGGAGACAAGGACAUAUUACUUCCUAAGCAACUCUGGUGUUCACUUAAACAAAACGAGGAUGGUGAAACGCAAAGUGAAGUGGGAUGGCUUUUGGAUCAUGGGAAGGCAAUCACAGCAAGCUGUCUAUUCUCAAGCCCUGCAAAACUGAAGGAAACAUCAAUAGCAUUAGAAACUAGAGCCCUGGAAUAUGUAUAGCUGGCAAUCGGUUGCGAUCCAAAUUUCAUUAUCAUUCCAAUAAGGCACUUCUAUCCGAGGUGAAAUUCGUGUAUAAGUAUAGACACUCUUUUAUUGCGUCACUGUAUAUAGUAUAUGAUGAAAAAGUGUACAAGCAAAUGUGUAAUUUACAGAAUGAUUGAAAUGCAUAUCUAUAUAGUUUGUUUGUGUUGCCUGGUUUCAA